AUGUCUACCGCUUCAGUACAACCGCCCGUCAUCCCUCCCAGACCCUCUAGGAGUCAGGAUAAGGAGGAGAACACGAAUACCUCUUCCCUGCCCCAUAUUCCUCCCCGUCCUAUUAAGCGCUUCGAACGCUCCAUCUCCCCGAACCCCGAUCGUUUCGCUCCCUCGCCUUUGAAUGAGAGCCCAUUCUCUAAGAGCCCUAAGGCUACCCGCUCCUCUCCAGGCAAUGCGUUCCUAUCCUCAGAACCUAUCCACCGCCCCGGCAGCGUGGCUAUGCCCUCUGUCGGCGAGGAGGGUAACGAGUACGAUGUGGUUAACGAGGAACUGACCAAGUCUCCGCCUCGGGCCCCUUCCUCCCCCGAGCACACCCGCUUUGCCGCCGAAGACCUCAAGCUUCACGCCCCUAAGCCUACUAUGCCGGCUCAGAGCGCCAAGCAGAGAGUCCAGGCUGUCACUCGUACAGACUCGGAUAGAGCGGCCUCGUUUGGCAUUGGCAAGCCCAGCAGUGACGAGACGAGACCUAGCAGUCUUAGGAAGAAAGCGAGCUCCAGUCAAAUGUCUCAAAAAUCCGAGAGCGUCUUUGGUGAGGAUGAGCAGGGUAUUCCAGAGAUUGGCCAGCGCGUGCCGAUGAACCCCAAUCUCGGCGAUGUACAGGCUCCUUCUCCGGCACCUGGCUCUGGUGCUGCACCCGAGAGUCUGAGGUCCGGAACUCCUCGCCACCACUCUCGUAAGCAUAGCUCGCGCGGCUUCAACGAGCUUCCCCCGGGUAGCUACGGUCUUCAUGGUCACAGCUCGGCUCUUCCUACGGACAAGUUUGAGAAGGCCUGGUAUGACAAGCAUCCUGAUACCUUGAAGAAAGAUUGCUCCACUCUGCUUCAUGACCGCCAGAACGACUAUGCCAUGAGCAGUACGGAGCUCAACAAGAUCGUUCACGACACUCAUAGCCGAGGCUCUGGAAUGGGUACAUCCGCUGAAUAUGCUGGCACUCCAAGCGAGGAGGUUGGAUAUCACGCCUCCGAGGAAUACACCUCGCGCAUAUCAUCACCGCGCCCGCCUUCGAAGUCUCCCGAGCUCCAACGCAUCAAGUCUCCUUUAAGCCCCCUCCGGGACUCUCAUCCUGACAUUGCCAUCUCUUCGCCGGAAAACGCCGUCAGUGAAGACGGCACUGUUCAUGUGGACGAGUCCCACAACCGCCGUAGAAGCUUCGUUUCUUACGAUCCUGGCCAUGAGUCCAAAUACAACGCGCCUAUUUUGGCGGAGGAUGAACGAGAGAAAGAUGUUCACCCGUAUGAUUUGCACCCGGCAGUCGAGCCCCCACCUGAGCGCUCCGGCAGUGCUUUUGAGAUUGAGAAGGCCCCGAGCCGGUCCACUAGUCGACCCACCAGCAUUUACAACAACCACUCACAAACAGAGCUGGCAUCCACUCCCCUUGAGGAUGUUGAAGAGUACGAGCCGCUGUUCCCCGAGGAGGGAAAGGAGGGCAAGAGUGCCGAUUCCGAGGCAAGCAAUUGGAAGCCCCGUCACAAGUUCCCGAGCAAGGAUGUCUGGGAAGACGCGCCCGACAGUGUGAACUACACCGCCGAAGUAUCGACACCCGAGCCAGCAGAAAACGAGCGUCCAUCCUCUCGACGUCGGUCCGAGCCUCGCACGGAAACUCCUGCCCACAUGUUUGCUCGCAAACAAGAGGAGCUCGCUGAGCAGGAGGCUCGCGGUCUGGACACCAAGGAGAAGAAGCCCCUCCCUCUCGCAUUGCAACAAACUAAGGAGGAAGGAGCUCGCCCAGGCAUGACCAACCGUUUCCCUAGUCGCGAUGUCUGGGAAGACACUCCGGAGAGCUUAUUGCACGAGGCUGUUGUCGACACCCCCGAACCCACCGACGAGGCUUCUACCGACAAGCCCCAGAUCCCAGCUCGUCCCCAGAAGAAGGGAUCAGAAUCGAGCUCAGCUGCGGAACGACCUGCUAUCCCUGACCGACCGAGGCCGAAACAAACAUCUAGUGACGAUAAAAUAAAGCCCGCUGUAUCAGACAAGCCGAAGCCGCAGAUUCCUGCUCGCCCUACUAAGACUCUCCCUUCCGGCGUUGACUCGAAGGAGCAAGAUGCGGUUCCUAAACAAAAGCCCGCCGUUCCCGCCAGACCUGUUGGUGGUAAGAUCGCAGCCCUCCAGGCUGGCUUCAUGUCGGAUUUAAACAAACGUCUUCAGCUUGGCCCCCAGGCUCCGAAGAAAGAGGAGCCACCUGCUGCGGACAUGGUUGAGGAGAAGGAGAAGGCACCGCUGGCUGACGCGCGCAAGGGACGCGCUCGUGGUCCCCAACGUAGGGCUCCCGCCAAGAGUCCGGCGCCUGUCACGGAGGCCAAAUCCUCAGGGCCUACAUUGUCAUUUUCUCCUCUUAGGAUAUGCUGGAGCAUCGGCGAUAAUGGCGUCCUUGAGGUCGAUGAUGACUCAAAGCCUGAAUCCACCAAGGAGAUUGUGCCUGAGGCCGAGAGCGCACCUUCAGAAACCGAAAAGGAAGUUGGCUCGGUCGCAACAGAACCCGCUGAGGUUGGUCAAAAGACAGAAGCUCCGACCCAGGCGGAGGAGUCGAUCGCCAACGAACCAGCUGAAGAGAGAGUCGAAGCUAAAACUGAGGCACCGGUAGAGGAUGUCACUGAGACAGAUACUCCCCACAAAGAGGAGGUUAAAACACUGGCCGCUAACAUGGCUGGUGAGACAGUGGUUGAGGCUGCAGUCGAAGAAAAGAAGGACAAUGUGGAGCCUGUUGCUGUUAAGCAAACAGGUGGCGAAGAAGCAUAG